UUUGUGUGUUUUGCUUUUCCGGCCCGUAGUGGCCGUCGGGGCUCGCGCGGCUUUGAAGGCGUAAGCUGUCUUGCUGUGUCCUUGGAAUUGAGGCGUGUUCAGACUUCUGCAUUGUCAGCCUUCCAGGAUGGAAGUUAUCAAGCUGUCCCUUGGAGAUCUACUUUCUAGGGACUCGUUCUCUCCACAUGAAGACGAGACAGAGGCAGAAAGAAUUAUGCCCGAAUGCUUAAGAAACUGUCACCAGGACUCUGUGUCAUUUGACGACGUGGCUGUAGACUUCAGUCGGGAGGAGUGGACUUUACUGAAGCCUGCUCAGAGGUGCCUCUACAGAGACGUGAUGCUGGAGAACUACAGGAAUGUGGCCUCUGUAGGCUGUCAGCUGUUCAAACCUGGCCUGAUAUCUUGGUUAGAGGAAGAAUUGGAGUCCAUGAUAGGAGAGCGGGGUGUCCUCCAGGGAUGGGCAGUGGGCCUUAAUACCAAAGGAAGAGCACAUCGGGGUACCUUUUGCUCAGAGACCUCAAAAAAUGUAGAACUGGUGCCAGGGUCCAAUGUGGGCAUCUGUUCGUGUCCCAAGGGUUCCACUUCCCAUUUGGGGAGUGAACCAUUGGGGACCCCCGUGUCUGCCGUGGCCUCCCGGUCCUGUCGGGGGCCCCGUUCCUGUCAGGGCCUCGGGACCACCUGA